AUGAACGUUGGUGGUGUGCAACUCCAAUAUCAACCGUGCACUCAAAAUCCAGCAAGACAGUCUUGGAUAGUGUUACAGAAUAAUAAUUCAAACAACUUUAUUAUUCAACAAACACCAAAAUCUGAUAGAUUUAAUAAUGAUGAUGAUAAUAAUUUAUCAGAAAGUUCUUCUAAAACAAUUUACAAAUUAUACUUUUCCAAAACAUUUAAUGGAUUUCCAAAAGAUAUCAAACAAUCCACUUUUAGGCAUUAUAAUUCUAGUCCUAUAAUUACUAGAUUCACUACAGAUAAUUAUUGUCAAGUUGAAUUAGAUCCUGGUGUACCUGUAGUAUUGGGUCUUUACUUCCUUGCAUAUAUUCCAAAAGAUCAAGUUUUACCUAAAUCAGAUGAUGAGCUAAGUGCUUAUGUAUUUUCUAGAGAGGGUGUAUUGGAAUUUACUCAUAAUUGGGGAACAGAAAAUAAUCCAAAUCAAAGUUACCAUAAUGGCAAUACUGAACCAAGGGGAUUUGGCCAUAUUGCAAUAUGUGUUGAUAACAUUGAAGCAGCUUGUAAAAGAUUUGAAGAACUUGGUGUAAAAUUCAUCAAAAAAUUAACUGAUGGUACAAUGAAAAAUAUUGCUUUUAUUAAUGAUCCAGAUGAUGUCGAACGACUUGAUGACGAUAUGCUUGUUGAAGUCGAAUUUGUUGUUAGUGUAUUUUCUGGGGUUGGGAGAAAUAAAAAUCAAGUUUUACCUAAAUCAGAUGAUGAGCUAAGUGCUUAUGUAUUUUCUAGAGAGGGUGUAUUGGAAUUUACUCAUAAUUGGGGAACAGAAAAUAAUCCAAAUCAAAGUUACCAUAAUGGCAAUACUGAACCAAGGGGAUUUGGCCAUAUUGCAAUAUGUGUUGAUAACAUUGAAGCAGCUUGUAAAAGAUUUGAAGAACUUGGUGUAAAAUUCAUCAAAAAAUUAACUGAUGGUACAAUGAAAAAUAUUGCUUUUAUUAAUGAUCCAGAUGGUUAUUGGAUUGAAAUUAUCCCAUCUAAUAAGGAUGAAAAUUGUCGUCCAGUCUAUGGAACUUUAUCCAGAGAAACAAUCGAUAAUGUUGUCGCUCAUUCUAUAAUAUACCAAACAAAAAAGCUCCCGUGGAGUAUAGGAAAUCCAUCACUUGUAAGAGAAAAAUCGUCAAUAUCAAAAACAUCAUCAUCAUUACAUUCAAACAUUGAAAUACCCAUAAAUCAUUCACCAACCCCAGAAAAUACACUAACAACAAAUUCGACUUCAACAAGCAUAUCGUCAUCAAGUCGUUCGACAUCUCCAGACAAACAACUGUCAAGCCGUUCAACAUCCCCAGAUAAACAUUUAAUAGAUAAUACAAAUUUACCUAACGUAAUAACUACUGCUACGACUUCUUCAAUACAAUCUUCAAAACUUAACACUAAUACAAGUCCCACUACAUCUCAGAUUAUUAAUGGCAAAAGUGAUCUUUCCAACGAAAUCCAAUCUUCCGCUGCUUCUUCAACCACUAAAUCCACACCAGCAAGAUGGGCUGAUCUUCUUCGUACAAAUGGUGCAAAUAAUCAUAAUUCUGCACAAUCUACUCCUCAAAAAUCUAAUAAUACCACUCCAAAAUUACAAAGCUCUUCAACAUUUGCGAAACAAAGGAAAUCUUCUGUCUCGUUGCCCAACGGUAAGCCUAUUUUGAAUGGCUUGACAGGCAUUUUGAAAAGUUAUGAACUGUCGUUAAAAGGAACUUUUAUUCAACCUCGAGGUCUUAUGAAUAAUGGAAACACAUGUUUCAUGAAUGCCAUUUUACAACCGCUUUCUCAUUGUCCUCCAUUAUACAACCUACUCAUGACUGUUAGUAAAGAAGUAGCUCAUAGUUUUAAAAGCAAAACUCCACUCAUAGAUUCUCUUGUUAUGUUUAUGAAUGAGUAUAAACAAUCAAAGCUUGGCGAUAAUGCCGAAGAAACUCCUGUCAGUAGAAUAUUCGGAGGGCAAUUUAGAUCUGUUUUGAAAUGUCCUGGAAGCAAUGAUUCAAUCACUUUACAACCUUAUCAGUCUUUACAAUUAGAUAUUCAACCUGAUGAUGUCAAGACCAUUGGUGAUGCUUUAAAAAACCUUACAGCUCCUGAACGUGUGGAUGAUUUUUAUUCUACUCAAAAAGGAGGAAAUGCUACAAAAAAUUUAUAUAUUGAAACGUUACCACCAAUACUUAUACUCCAUUUGAAAAGAUUUGUUUACGAUAAUGUCGGCGGUACGCAAAAAUUGAGCAAAUUUAUUAGUUAUCCAGCAAAAUUAAAUAUUCAAGCCGAUAUGUUUGCUCCUAGUCGCCGGCCAUCUCAACCGGCAGAAUAUAAACUUUUCGUGGUCUACCACCAUGGAAAAUCGGCAAUGGGGGGACAUUACACCUGUGAUAUUCUUCGUCAGAAUGCUGAAUGGCUCCACAUUGAUGAUACGGUGAUCACGCCGAUAUCAGCUGAGGAUGUGGCGCUAGCUGAGUGUCCUACUCAGCCAACUGAUCGGUUGGCCUACAUCUUGUUCUAUAUGAAAUCCAACUGA